AUGCUUCCCCCGCUCCUGUGGUACCUCAACCCGAGGCUCAUCAAGCAGGCACCCGGCGGCUCUGAUCUGCCCAACGUCUUCAGGGUGCUCGGCGACUGUCUUCGUCAUGGUGGCAUGAAAAGCAUCGGCCGCAGCGGCUUUUGGGAACAGGGCAAGCCGAGUGUGCGCACUGCUGCUGGCAGCACAAAGGAGUACGGAUACGAUGACGAGUUUGUCAACGAUGUUAGACGAGCCUUUCAGGCCUGCGGGAUCUUUGCCUUUACGCCCAUUUAUACUAUCAAUGAUGGCGCUCUUGGUGCGGCUUCCAAUGCUCUGACGUCUAGUCUGGUUACCUAUGGCUUGCCCAAUGAUUUGCUCGACAACCUGAACUCGAUCAGUAUUGUCGUUAUGGUCCCGCUCAUGAACCACGUCAUCUACCCCAUUCUACAGAAGCGAGGCAUCUACUGGGGCCCCAUCAGCCGCAUGACUUUUGGCUUCGCGCUGUGCACCAUUGGCUCCUCGGGCUUUGCCAUUCUGCAACAUUACACCUACCAAGGGUCCCCUUGUGGUUACAACGCGACGACAUGCGCCGAGAUCCUCCCCAAGGGUUCGAAGACAAUUUCCGAUAUGUCCUAUCUGUGGCACAGCAUACCCAUUAUCCUGACGGCCAUCUUGGAGAUCUUUGUCAAUGUCAUGGCUUAUGGAAUUGCGUACAGUCGGUCGCCCAAGAACAUGAAGGGGCUUGUCUCGAGUAUUAAUCUGUUGAUGACAGGUGUGGCUCCUAUUGUCGGCUUGCUCUCCGCGCCAGCGAUCAACGACCCAAAUUUGGUGGGUGUGUUUGCCACGCCGACGAUUCUAGGGGCGGUGUCGACUGUGGUGUUUUAUUUUACGUUUAGGUAUAUUGACAGGGAGGAUUUUGUGCUCAACACAGGAGAUGAGCUGGGGACAGGGAGGCAGGGACCGACUGUGGACACUGCAGGCGAAAGAAUUUUCCAGCGAUGCGAAUAA